GAGAACGCCGUGGUAGUGACUGCUGAUGCCGCUGACGAGGAGGCCGCCAAGGCUCAGGCCCAGCAGGAGGGCUCCAGCCGCAAGCGCCGCAAGAUCGCCGUCGCCUCGGACGACGAAGACGGCGACGACAACGAAACCGCCGCCGGCGAGGUCGCAGCCGAGCCUGCCGCCGACAGCGAGACCAACAAGAUGCAGAUCGAGGAGAAGAAGGUCGAGGGGGAGGAGGAGGAGGUGAAGAAGGCGGAGGUGGAGAGCGAGGAGGAGAAGGAGCGGAGGGAGAAGACGGAGAAGACGCAGGAGGCGAUCAAGGAGACGCUACGGCGCUACUUGAAGGAGCAGCUCACGGUGGAGGAGGCCCGGCUGCAGACCCCCAAGCUGCUGCGGCUGCACGUCGAGGCCGCCCUGGGCCACAGCGUUGAGGAGCACUCGACCUUCAUCCUCCAGUGCGUGCGUCAGCUCUUCUCCACCACCGCCUGA